AUGACAAGGGUAGAUUCCAAGGACAACAACCUUGGAAGAAGAACAAGGGUAAUUCAGAAGUUCAGAGAGAGGGAGUUCCCAUUCAGCAGAAGGGAACACCUCAGACUGGAUAGGGACAACUACAGGGUAAUCACCAGGAGGGGCAGUCAUAUAUAUUUAGGGGUUAUUGCUAUAAGUGUGGAGAUUAUGGGAAGCCUGUACGUAUGUGCUUUGCUAACUCAACCUGGAAUAGAGAUGUCUAAGAUUGUUGCUGCGAACGAAAUUAGAAAGACAUUGCGUGAUGUCCAACCGUCACAUUACAUCUUCAAGAUAGAGUCUUUCUCUGUGCUUCUGGAAACAAAAACUGAAAAUUAUCAAUCAGAUGUUUUUGAAGUCGGAGGCUAUACAUGGAAAUUGUCUUUCUACCCAACUGGGAAUAAGAAAAGAAAUGGAAAAGAUUAUAUUUCACUAUAUUUGGUAAUAUCCGAUACAGAAACUCUUACUCGCGGUUGGGAGGUCAAUGUGAACUUGAAAUUAUUCGUCUUUGAUCAUAUACGUGGCAAGUACUUAACUAUCGAAGGCAAAGGUGAGUGUCUAUGCAUGACAAAGCUACUAAGUAACAAAGUUCACACUUGGAAGGUUGAGAAAUUUUCAUCAUUAAGUGAAGAAUUUCUGUACUCUGAGGAGUUUAACAUUGGUGGCCGGAAUUGGAAUCUUGUUCUCUAUCCCAAAGGAGAUAGUAGAAAGGUCAAACAUGAAUACAUAUCUCUGUUUCUUGAAGUAUCUCUGUUUCCUAAACACAAACUGUAUGCAAGAUUUAAGUUGAGGAUAAGGGACCAAGUAAUGGUAAACACCACGAAUCUGGAGAUUCAUUUUGCAGGUAGUGGGUGGUUCGGUCCCACGAUAUGGAGCUGGGGAUUCCAGGCCUUCACGUCUCUAAGGGAACUCCAUGACAAAUCAAAGGGUUUCUUAGUGGAUGGUACUAUAAUUAUUGAAGCAGAAAUUGUAAUGAUGUCUGUGACUAAGAACUUCACUUAGUGUUAAAUUAUGUC